AUGGAGAUGAUGUGGUUGGGGGAUGGGAUGAAAGUUGUAGGGAGUAAUGAAGAUGGAGGGGAAGUUGAAGGGGUGAAGGGGGGGGGGGUGUGGGAUUGGAUAAGGGGGGGGAGGGGUGGUGGGUGUGGAUGGGGUUGUUUUUUUGGGUUUGAGGUUAUAGGAGGAGGGUGGGGGGGUUAUAGUUUGUUUUGUUUGGGAGGGGGGGUGAUGGGAGGGGAAGGAAUGGGAAUAGAGGAGGGGAUGAGAGUGAGGGGUUUUGAGAGGUUUGUGGGUGUGUUGGUUGUGAUGGGAUGUGUGGGGGGGUGUGUGUUGGAGUGUUGUUUGGUGAGUGUGGGGGUGAGUGUGUGGUGUGUGUGGUGUGUGUGUGGUGUGGGUGGUGGUGUGUGUGUGGGUUGUUGUGGGGUGUGUUGGGUGUGUGAGGUGUGUUGUGUGUGUGUGGGGUGUGUGUGGGGUGAGUGUGGGAGUGUGGGUUGUGUGGGGGGGUGUUGUGUGAGUGGUGUGGUGUGUGAGUGGUUGUGUUGGUGUGUUGUGUGUGUGUGGGGUGUGUGUGGUAUGUGA